AUGAUUUUAGAAGAAGAUCUCGACAGCGGGUCGAAAUCCAACUCUACCAACUCGCUCUUUUCUCUCAACAACCGCGACAGCUACUCCAGCAUCGUCGAUGAUUACCUAGCUGACGCAGACGAAGAACCCACGGCUCUGACCCUCAACUACUCAAACCGUGGACGUCGUUUUUCCGCGGUCUCGGCCGCAGCUCUCCAGCAGCAGCAGGACUUGCAGACCAACGACAAACUGGUGAUCGUUUUAGUGGGUUUGCCGGCAAGCGGGAAAUCCACCGUGUCCAACCAUCUGAUCCAACAUCUGGGCCAAGACCCAAGAACCGCGCAUAUGCGUUGUAAAACCUUCAAUGCUGGUCAAGUGAGGCGUAAACUCAGCUGUCGUGGCAGACCCAUGAUGCUGGCCAACAACUCAUCCGAAGAUCUUUUCAACCCUAAAAACUCUCAAAAAAAAGAAAAGUACGCCAGGCUCACACUGGAACAUAUGUUUGCGGAACUGGACCAAGAUUCUUGCGACGCGGCGAUCUUCGAUGCCACAAACUCUACAGAGGCAAGACGUGCCUUUAUUUUUCACCAAUUACGUGUCUACAACGCCGACGCUAACCGUAGCUACCACAUUACUCCAGUGGUUCUUCAGGUCUCGUGCACCGAGCGUGCUUUUGUUCGCUAUAAUAUUCACAACAAGACAUUCAACCAGGAUUAUUUCGACAAGCCUUACGAAUUUGCUGUCCGCGAUUUCGCCAAGCGUUUGGCCCAUUACCAUUCCCAAUACAUUCCUUUCACGACCGCCGAAUUUAACAGCCACGUUGUUGAGAGUAAGCUCGUUAGCGAAGACAACGGAUUGUUUUGGUUUAGUGUUAUCAACGCUGGAUAUUCCUGUGCUCCAAAUUCCGCGGCUCUUCAUUUUCCACCAAAAGCUACACAAUAUUUGAGCAGUGUGAUCGACUCUAUUCAAGAAUUUGUGAGCUCGUAUUCCGGGGUGCAUGCUCACCAAUAUAUCCAGGACGUUCAAGAUUUUGCCAAGGGAAAGACCCCUUCAAACCGGACACUUACUGCCACUACUCCAAACAAUUCUACAGCAGUGCCCUACGCCGCAAUUCUACACGGAAUUGUUAACGAAGAUUACUUCACAAGACUUCACAAACCAUCUUUCGCGUAG